CUCUUGCAAAUUUAGUUUUUUUUUCGUGAAAAAUGUUUUAAAAAUCAAUUAAUACACAAUUUAAUAUAAAUUAAUAUAUAUUGUAAAAUCAAUAACUACAAAUUAUAAUAAAAAUGAAAGAAAAUAAAAUAUUAAAACUCAUACAUGUAGCCUGGCGUGAACGUUGGUCCGACUCACAGUGGGGUAUUAAUAUUAAAAAUGUACUACCAAGAGGUGUCAGUGGUGAUGUUUAUAAUCUAUCCGAUUGUAUAUUACAACAGGCUUUAAUAGGUUCUACAGCAAACCCGCUGGUGCUUAAUUAUCUAAAACAUUCUCUUUGUGCCCAUUUGGUUUCAUAUUCCGCUGUCUUGAGACGUAUUUCUAAAUAUGAAUAUUUCGAAAGAAUCUAUUGUAUUACCUCUUUGUUGGAUUUCUUAAAUUCUAUUUUAGAUGGUGUUACAUGUCGUACAAAAACCGAAGAAUCUAUAUUGCCUGGUGCAAUUGUUUCAUUGGUCAAUUGGUUAAUGCAAAUAUUUGCUAUGGUCGCCACUAAUUACGAAAUAAAUCGUGAAAUUAAUGCCGAACAAUCGUAUAUGUUGGAUCAAUGCUGUGCGGUUAUAGAGAAAUUAGUUAAAAAUCAAUUUCUUUUAGCCAUACUCUAUGUGGGACGUCAAGAGGAUUUGGAAUAUUAUAGUAAAAUACGUGAAAAUUAUGCCACUAUUAAGACAUCUUUAACAAAUUCCAAUUUUACUCCUUCCCAUCCGGGCAUCGAGAAAUAUUUGCAACAGUUGGCCUAUAUAGAUGUGCAUCAUUUAGAAAUGAAAACUUUAGAUGUUAAACAAUUGCCAGAACCCAUUACCUAUUGUGUGCAGCCUUUAUUGGCGGUGGAAGUUUUAUUAAAUCCUUGCAAUGAUACCUCCUACUAUGUGGCUGAAAUGCAAAUGUUACAAAGGCUUAAGAAAUUCUCCAAUACUAGAUUGUUCUAUGAAAUUAUAAGGGCAGGUUUUGUUUCACUUAGCAAUGUGGUAGAAACCAGUCAUGACACCACCUGGGGUGCUUUUACUUUCUUUAAAGUACCACAAAUUAUUAAGCAAUUACAUGCUUUAAAUAGAGCUCCUGGUGAUCAAAAUCCGCCUGAUUUUAUACCCGAAGUAGUGGAAGCUUUAGAAAUGCUAUUGGAAGAUAAUCUUUUAUUAGAUUUUAUGGAUUCAAAAUGUUCUUGCAAUAUCAUAGAAUAUCUUUUAAACGAUUGGACUAAACAGCAUUUGGUUAAUGAUGCUCAUGUCAAACAUUUUGCUGCACAAAGAGAAGAGGUAUCCAUGCUGCUGCAAAAGCGUGAAACUGGCAAUCAUAUGCAGCCUUCGAUUAUAAAUUUCAUUAUAAGAGCUGAAGUGCCUUUAUCGGGCAUAUUAAAGACAUUAAGUGCAGAUUAUAAUAAAGUACAAGAAGCUCUAUUGGGUGUACUAUGUCAAGUGCUAGUGGGCAAUAGUUUUGAUUUAAUACUCUCUGUGGCUACGGUAGAAGGACGUUUGAAAACGUUUGUUUCACGCUUAAUACAAUGCAAUGAAAAUUCCAAACAAAUACCCGGUGAAGUGGGUAAAACUUCUAUAAUACGUUCUACUUUAUUCGAUGUUUCAUUUUUGAUGUUAACUUCUAUUGUACAAACAUAUGGCUCCGAGGCCUUAUUAUCGGAAAAUGGUGAUAGUUUCUUUGAGAAAUGGGUACGCAUUUGUAUGGUGGAACGUAAUAAACCUAAAAACUAUCACAAUAUGAUUGCUAUGUGUGAUGAAAAUAUUGUCGAUGAGCUGUUGUUGAGUUUUAGCAAGCCAGAGGCUCAAUUGAAAAAUUCCAAUAUAACUUGGCAGGAUAUUUGCUUGAAUUUGCCGGGUGUCAUUUAUCAUGUGUUAUUAGCUUGGGAAAAGGAAACUUUAUCCUCGGCUGAUGUUAAGAAUAUAUUGGAUAACAUUAAGAGACGCAUGUUCUCUUUUUCGGUUUGUGCUGCUUCGUUUUUAUGUGCUUAUAUGCAUUCGGUUAAAAAGGAUGAAUUUCUAAAACCCCUAAACAUGAUACAACAAUUCCUAUCUCCGCCCGGCAAUGAAGAAUUGUCAUCGCAAGAAAAUUUUAAAGAACGUUUAGGACUAUCUCUACAAAUUAUACGUAAAAUGCAAUAUGAUGUUCAUCCAACGGGCAAUCUAAAAUCACGCAAUGUUACACUAACACAAAAUCUAGUAUCACGCAAUCCUCUCAUCGAUCAAUUUAAAGAUGUAUGGAAUACAGUUGUAGAACAUGGUUGGGUACCGGUAAGAACAGCACAAAUAAUCGAAUCAUUGUUACAUGCAGGAGGACCUGCUUGGUUAUCAACACGUCUAGUUGAAGAAAUGCUUAAAUGUAAAUAUAAAAAGGACAUGAUGAAAACUAUGGAUAUAAUAUUUGCUAUAUUACAUUUGGAUAUUGAGAGAACCACAGAGGCUUUAUUAACAAAUGUCGUACCCUCUAUUAUACACAAUCGUCAGGGUGACGAUAUUAAUGAACCUCAAUCAUAUGUUUUGGCACGCUUAUGUGUCUAUUGUAUUAUAUCAGCCUUAGAGGCACGUUCACAAAAUUCUCCCACACAAAAGAAACGUACACGCUCUCAUGAUGGUGAUGAACAUGAUUUAAACGCUGCCAAAAUGCGUAAAAUAACAGCCGAUGGCUCCGAUAAUUCUUGCUCAAAUGAUUUUCUCUCCGAAAAUAGUCUACUCUUAAGCUCUUCGGUCUCACUCCACUCCAAUAGUCUGCGAGAAACUCCCGCUCAACUUAAGGAAUCUUUGCAAUCAGCAAUGCAAUACAUUUUCAAAGUAUUUCAACAAUUUGUUACCACAGAUGAGCUAUCACCGAAAAUCUAUUUUGUUUAUCAAUUUAUAACAUUACUAGUGGAGUGUGGUAAAGAGCGUGUGAGGCCAGUUUUAAAACUAUUGCCGCCUAAUUUGAUAAACAAUUUAAUUAAAGUCAUGUUGACGGAUGACAUUAAUGUGGGUUUGAUAACAAGACUUUAUGAUUUACGUGUUAUUAAUGGCCGUCAAAGUGCUGUUUCGGAUUUAUGUCUUUGGCGUAAUAUUAAAUUAAAACAACAAAGCAUACAAUUAUAAAUUUAAUAAAAAAAUUGCAUUCAUUCAAAAUACAUACAUAUAAAUAUUAUAAAUUGCUUUAAUAUUUUACUGCUUUAAUGUGUAAAUCUUAUGUUUUUAAAUCUAAAAAAAAAUAAAUUAAAAAAUGAUUUUUUAUAA